GACUGAUUGGGGUUGAAGUAAACUUUGAAAUUCACAUUAUCAAAUACAAAUGUUGAGGUGGAUGAACCGUGUACACCAGUUAGGUUAUCGAUUAGUUGCCGAAAUCACCUCCAUAUGCCUUUAAACAGACAAUGUCUAGCCUGACCAGAAUCAUGAAAUCAAAAAGAUAUUGUACUUCUACACACACAAUACAUGGGAAGCCAAUUUUCCCAGAAAAAACCCAGAAUUCUCUGCCUCCAUGGGCAUGGAGCUAGUGCAAAGUUUUUAGAAAACUUGGAGAUGAAAAGAUGGCCAGAGUUUGUGCUGGAAGAAAUGGAUUUGGUGUACAUAGAUGCACCUUUUGUCAUCGAUCCUUCCCGACACAUCGAAUAUGAUCCUCCUUACUAUACUUGGUACAAAAUAGAGGACGAUCAAUCCUUCGAAAAAGCCGUCGCGUACAUAGAAGAGCAGAUGAUCAAACUUGGGCCCUUUGAUGGUGUGCUUGGAGUAUCUCAGGGAGGAGGAGUAACAGCUACUCUGCCUGGAAUGCAGAGACAAGGGGUUGCAUUGACCAAAGUCCCCAGAAUAAAGUUUGUUAUCAUAAUCUCAGGACCUAAACUUGGAGCCACAACGUUGCCAUGUCCAGAACUCGCCAAAAAUGCAUUUUCCUCCCCACUCGAUAUUCCAUCUCUCCACAUCAUAGGCGAGAGAGACAAACUAAAAGAAGACCAGUUCAAACUUUUGGAAUCAUUCGUAAACCCAACUCUACUGUACCAUCAUGAAGGUCAUGGGGUUCCUCAUUUGGAUGAUAAUGGAGUCAAAAUGGUACUUGGGUUUCUUAAAGAGAUGAGAAGAAUUCUAUUCCACUCACGAGGUGGAAGAAGCAAGAUGUGUUAUUAUUUGGAUUUAAUCGCUUCAUUGUUUUGCUUCAAAAAGAACAGGGGCAUCAAACUGACAAACAAUGCUCGAGUUCGGAGUCUGAUUUGAUCACUUUAUUUGAAUUCAGUUCAAUCAUUUAUCAUGUAUGCAGAAAACUAAAGAGCAGUGAAAAUUUAUGAAAGUCGAGAGGCAAGUGAAACGCUAAAAUGCUUUGAAAGCUCUCUUUAUUUCUUUGGGAUGAGUUUCCCAUUUCCAAUUCAUACUGAAAAGCAGGUCUCAGUUGAUAGGGACUGAGAUAACAAAGUUUUCUAUGAAAUUGAAGUGUAUGAAACAGAUCCAUGGAAACUUUCAAAACGAGGUGGACGAACCAGGUUCAUGGAGUGACUUGUUCAAGUUGCUUGCUGGGAUGCUAACUUCAUCAAUCCCUUGUUCUUAAAGACAUACUCCCUCCGUCCCAAAACGAUGGUCCAGUUUGGAUUAUUAAUCAAUCACCAUUCAUUUUGUCAAGCUUAAUCAUAAUAUAAGUUUCAGAAAUCAAACAAACCUGUUGAUUAACUUGGCCAUUUAAUCAAAACGUCUCCAAAAUCCCAAAGAUUAAGUUCGUUAUCAUAAUCUCGGGAGCUAAAAUUGGAGGUUCCUUCUUUUCUACCCCCAUAACUAGCUAAAAAUGUCUUCUCCUCUCCCAUUGAUAUUCCAUCCCUUCUCAUAGUAGGUAAGAGUUUGUAAGUCUCAGAAUUUGAUUUGGUCUAGUUCAUAACACUUGUUGUCUUUGUGUUUUCGCAACGUAACAAAAUUAAUGCGAAAGAUGUAUACAUAACUCCGCAAUAUCAAUUCCAACUCAUGGAAUCAUUUGUAUUCCCCACUCUGCCCUAUCAUCAUGGAGGCCACGGGGUGCCAUAUUUAGGUAAGAAUGGAUGAAAAAAAUCUCUGAGAAUUUUUCGUACAUUCAAUUCCAAAGGAACUAGUACUCUAUAUAUCUUCCAUUUUUUCCUGAAAACAAAAUUUGAUAUGGAUUUUUGUGGUCUCAGACUCUCAGAUGAUAAUGAUGUCAAGAUUGUGGUUGGAUUCCUUCUACAAAUCCAACGAAUGCUCCAUGAUCCGAAGGACCGCACUCUAGGUCGAACAAAACGGAAAGUGUUGUUUUUACUUGGAUUUUAUAGCAAUUUUCUUAUGCUUUGACCAUAGCUCGAGCUCAGAGUCUUCUUUCACCAACUUUUUCAAUAUUUUCUUCUACAAGUAGGGGAAAAGAAAUACCGACAAUACAAUUCCAAUAAUACUGAAA